AUGGAUGGAGAAACACGCACAUACCUGGCUGGCUCGCCCAGUGGCGCCCUGCAGCGCCGGACGGCCCUAAUUGCACUCGGCGCUCUUGAGGUACUGGUCCGCAUCACCCAUUCAGGCGUCUGCGGCACCGACGUACACGACCGCACGGCCUCGUGCGGCCUCGGCCACGAAGGCGUCGGCGUCGUCCACCGUGUCGGGAGCGAAGUGACGGCUGUGCAGGUCGGCCAGCGCGUUGGUCUCACCUUCCAAACUCAUGCCUGCGGGUCUUGCCCCGAAUGCAUCGCCGGCUACCGCCAGUACUGCCACAAGUCCGUCGGCCAAAAGUACGGCGCCGAGGAGCACGGUACGUUUUGCGACUACGCCGUCCGCCACCAGGACUUUGUCAACCCGAUCCCCGACGGCCUGCCUUCCAACUUUGCGGCGCCGCUCGUCUGCGCGGGCAUUACCGUCUACGAGGCGCUGCGGGCGGCCGACGUCACGGCCAGCGACCGCGUGGGCGUCGUCGGCCUCGGCGGCCUGGGCCACUUUGCGGUGCUCUACGCCAAGGCCAUGGGCUGCGCCGUGUCGGUGUUUUCGGCGAGCGACACGAAGCGGGCGGACGCGCUCGCCAUGGGUGCGUCGGCGUUUCAUGUGCUGAACACGACGACAACCGCGGGCGCGGCCGGCACGCCACCGCCACUGGCGCUGGAUGUGUCCUCCAAGGUGGACGUCCUGCUUCUGUGCGGCGGCGCCGUCACCGACUUUGGCGUGUACGUUGCACCCUUCUUUGCGAGAUCGCCUCUACAGCCAGUCUUGGUACGACGGACAAUGCUGACAAACAGUCUUCUUCCUCUUCUUGCACGCCGUGCCCGGGUCGUGCCGGUUGUCAUACAGACCAAGGACAUUACCGUGCCAUACAUGCCGUUCAUAUUGCCGGGCAUGAAGAUUAUCUUCAGCUUAGGUGCCACGAGACAAAACGAGCAGGACGCCCUCAAGUUUGCGGCGCGCCACAACAUCCGGCCGUGGAUCCAAGAGUAUCCCAUGUCCGAAGAGGGGCUCACCGAGGCCUUUGUGCGGUUGGCCGACGGCACGAUGCGGUACCGUGCAGUGCUGAGCAAGGAGCUGGGCAAUGCGUUUUCUGCGUAG